CUCCACUUCCCAGGUUCAUUUGCAAAUGCUUGGAAGCGCAUGGUAGCUCAAUUGACUUCACACAUCUCACGCAAGCGACUGGUACAAAGUCCAAGCAUACAGUUGGAUUGGACAUGGAGCAGAAGGAACUGACAUGAGGACAAGAGGAUUUUCCAUUUGCCAAAAACAGGUCAGAACUUACAUUCCGAUUUUCUGAAGUCCUGAAGCGUGCAGCAGUGCAUC